CGGCGGCGGGCCACGCACCGCAACGCCUUCAAGCGCGUGGCUGUCAUCCAGGCCUUCCUGGGCUCCACGCCGCAGCUCACCCUCCAGCUCUACAUCAGCAUCCUGGAGAAGUACGUCCCUGCCACCCGAGCCAUCCUCAUGGGCAUCUGCCUGGUGUCGGUCACCUACGGCGCGCUCGUCUGCAACGUCCUGGCCAUCCAGGUCAAGUACGAUGACUACAAGGUCCAGCUGCGGCCGCUGGCCUUCCUCUGUAUCGUGCUGUGGCGCAGCCUGGAGAUCUCCACCCGUGUGACCGUCCUCGUGCUCUUCAGCACCGUCUUCAAGCACUGGAUCAUCCCCAUCGCCCUGGCCAACCUGCUGGUGGUCUUCUUCUUGCCCUGGGUGCAGUUCUGGCGGAGCGGCACCCGCCUGCCCGACAACAUCGAGAAGAACUUCAGCCGGGUGGGCACGGUGGUGGUGCUCUGCGCCUUCACCCUCCUCUAUGCCGGCAUCAACAUGUUCUGCUGGUCGGCCGUGCAGCUCAAGCUGGACGACCGGGACCUCAUCCCGCGGUCGCAGAACUGGGGCCGCCUGGCCAUCUACUACGUGGCCCGGCUGGCGGAGAACACGGCCCUGGUCGUCCUCUGGUACUUCUUUAAGACAGAUGUCUACGAGAACAUCUGCACCCCGCUGCUGGUGGUGCAGCUGCUCCUGGGCUACUGCCUGGGCAUCUACUUCAUGCUCCUCUUCUUCCAGUACCUGCACCCCUGCCGCCAGCUCUUCCGCCACAACGUUGCCGACUUCUUCGCGUUGGGGCUUGGCUGA